CCCCCCUAAAAUCCACACCUCCCUCCCCCUCCGUUGCCUGAGCUGGUCUUGUUCGCACCCAACAGAGAAUUUUUUGGCCCUGCCAUACAUACUACCUUGCAUACACCUACUCUUUCCUCGCCCCGAGCAUCUAGACGCCUGCUGCUGCUUUCAUUGCAUUUGCUCCUCCACGCCUUCGUCCGAUUCAUCACCCGCUGCCACGUUUCUUCCUCUGCGUGCGCCGCCGGCCGUUUCCCAGCGAACCCGAUCCAGGACGUUUCACGAAUCCACACCACCGGCCAUCGCGGGGCAAGCCAGCGAGACAAGCUGCAACCAUGAGUGUCGUGGGUGUCGAUUUCGGAACCCUCAAGACUGUCAUUGCCGUCGCCAGGAACCGCGGCGUCGACGUGAUCACCAAUGAAGUUUCCAACCGAGCCACGCCGUCCCUGGUAGGCUUCGGCCCCAAGUCGCGCUAUAUCGGCGAGGCCGCCAAGACGCAGGAGAUUUCCAACCUCAAGAACACCAUCAGCUGCAUCAAACGCCUUGCCGGCCGCUCGUUCAACGACCCGGACGUCACCAUCGAGCAGCAAUAUGUCACCGCUCCUCUCGUCGACGUCAAUGGCCAGGUCGGCGCUGAGAUCUCGUACCUCGGCAACAAGGAGAAGUUCACGGCGACCCAGCUUGUCGCCAUGUAUCUGAGCAAGAUCAAGCAGACUGCGGCCGCCGAGCUCAAGCUCCCCGUCUCCGACCUCUGCAUGAGCGUGCCUCCGUGGUUCACCGACGUUCAGCGCCGUGCGCUGCUGGACGCCUCCGAGAUCGCCGGCCUCAAGCUCCUGCGCCUCAUGAACGACAACACCGCCGCCGCUCUCGGCUGGGGCAUCACCAAGCUUGACCUCCCAGGGCCCGAGGAGCGCCCUCGUCGGGUCGCCUUUGUCGACAUUGGCCACAGCAACUACACCUGCUCCAUCGUCGAGUUCAAGAAGGGUGAGCUUGCCGUCAAGGCUACCGCGUGGGACCGUAACUUUGGUGGCCGCGACUUCGACAAGGCUCUGGUCGACCACCUGGCCAAGGAGUUCAAGGGCAAGUACAAGGUUGACAUUUACACCCACGGACGUGCCAUGGCCCGCACCAUCGCCGCCGCCGAGAAGACCAAGAAGAUCCUGUCCGCCAACCAGCAGGCUCCCGUUAACAUCGAAUCUCUAAUGAACGAUGUUGACGCUUCCGCCAUGGUCACCCGUCAGGAGUUCGAGGCUAUGAUUGAGCCUCUGCUGAACCGCACCCACCACCCUCUGGAGCAGGCCCUCGCGCAGGCCAAGCUUACCAAGGAGGAUAUUGACGUUAUCGAGAUUGUUGGUGGCGGCUCCCGCGUUCCCGCUCUCAAGGAGCGCAUUCAGGAGUUCUUUGGAAAGCCUCUGUCCUUCACCGUGAACGCCGACGAGGCCGUUGCCCGUGGCUGUGCCUUCAGCUGCGCCAUCCUCUCCCCCGUCUUCCGAGUUCGCGACUUUGCCGUCCAGGACAUCAUAAGCUACCCCAUUGAGUUCGCCUGGGAGAAGGCUCCUGAUAUUCCCGACGAGGACACGAGCCUUACUGUAUUCAACAAAGGCAACGUCUUGCCUUCCACCAAGAUCCUUACUUUCUACCGCAAGCAACCGUUCGACCUCGAGGCCCGAUACGCCAAGCCCGAGGAACUUCCCGGAAAGCAGAACUCCUGGAUUGGCCGCUUCUCCGUCAAGGGCGUCAAGGCAGAGGGCAAGGAUGAGUUCAUGGUCUGCAAACUCAAGGCUCGUGUUAAUAUUCACGGCGUCCUCAAUGUCGAGACCGGCUACUUCGUCGAGGACCAGGAAGUCGAGGAAGAGGUCAAGGAUGACGACAAGAAGGAAGAAGGCGACAAGAAGGAUCCCGAAGCUAUGGACACGGACAACAAGGACGACGCCCCUAAGAAGACCCGAAAGGUUAAGAAGCAGGUUCGCAAGGGCGAUCUUCCCAUUUCUAGCGGCACCGCUUCCCUGGACGCCAGCGCCAAGACGGCUUUGGCGGAGAAGGAGGCUGCCAUGGUCAUGGAGGACAAGCUGGUUGCCGACACCGAGGAGAAGAAGAACGAGCUGGAAGCCUACAUCUAUGACCUCCGGGCGAAGUUGGACGACCAGUACGCCGAGUUUGCCAGCGAGGACGAGAAGGCAACCAUGAAGCAGAAGCUUGAAACCGCCGAGGACUGGCUGUAUGACGAGGGUGACGAUGCCUCCAAAGGUGUCUACGUUGCCAAGCUGGAGGAGCUUCGCGCCAUGGCUGGCCCUGUUGUCCAGCGUCACUUUGAGAAAGUUGAGGCCGAGCGCCGUGCCGUCCAGGAGCGCGUCGAGGCCGAGAAGGCUGCCAAAAGAGCCGCUGAGGAAGAAGCUCGCAAGGCUGCUGAGGCUGAGAAGGCCGCCCAAGGAGGUGAUCAGGAGAUGAAGGACGCCGCCGAGGGAGACCAAGCGGAGACCGACGAGGCUGGCAACCCGAAUUAGAAAAACAAGCGACCGUCGUCGGACGUGGGACAAGGCGCCGUGAGUCCUAAGGAGAACCGUUCGCCCGUGAGAGAGAAGAGGAAGAAGAAAGAAGUGACAAAAGAGGUACAAGAGUGAAAAUGAACCGCAUAGAGCGAGAGACUGCGCCCAAGGAGCAGCGACGAGGGAGGAUGGGCACCACGCUCCCACGCCGGGUGACGGAUAUCCUGUCGGAGUACGGGAAUGGUUAUGACGGGAAUGUAUGCACGCUAGACAAAGUUUCUUUUUUUUACACGGGAUAAAGACGUUUUGUUGUGAUGUUGGCUUUUCCGGGGCAUUGUCGUUGCUUCAGGAUGGGCUCGACCCGGACGAAUAGAUAAUAUUGUCUUGUCUUACUUUGGUCUCAUCCGAGGCCAAAGUGAAUGCUUCCGGCUAUCUGCUGUGCCCGCCAUAGGGACGAUGGAUGGUCAUGCGCUCAAAGUUUGUUUCGAGGAGAUAUUUUGGACAGGCAUCGGCUAGGGCCUCGGGUUUAGGCGAGUUGGCUGCGAAGAAGUUGAUCCAUCCUGUCCAAGUUUCAUCAAGCGCAGCCACUACUCACAGUGGAAGGAAACAGGUUAGAGUAAGUAGUAUCCCUCCAUCUUUGUCUAAACCCGACAAAAAUGACAUAAUCAUUCACAGUACAUAUCAAGCAUUUUUGGAACCCCGUGUCAUGCUCCUUCUCCAAAUCGUCGCCAUAGUGAUUCCCAACUUUCCAUAGAAAGAAGCACCACAACCCGCGCAACCCGCCGA